CGAUUUUAUGGCCUUCCAAGACAAAGUCAGAAAUUAAGCACCUCAGUGAUGCAAGCUGACAUAAUUUUGCCGGCUAACAAGGAAACUGACUCUUCACUGGCCUCUCAUGAAGAUGACACGCAAGUGUUGUUAGACUGGCUGGUUUAGCUUUGCAUUCUUUGCCACCAGUUUCAAGCAGUCACUUGAAUUUCAUCUGUUAUGCCAGUUUCCUGGAAAUUAUCGCAAUUGGGUAGUCUUGUUGCUUGCAUGAAUUGUCUGUGAUCAUGUUUGUUGCUCAUUACUGCUUAAUGCCUAAACGAGGAUGUUCAAGUCUCUCUUCGACUUCUUGGGGUGUGCAGAUCCAGGAUCUAUGGACAUCAAGGUGGAGCCUCCGAAUUCAAGCAGGGAUGAGUCUGAAUCGUCAACCAAGAAUGCCGUCUUACAGGCGACAGAUGAGAAAUUUGACUGCAAAGGAGAAGUCAAAGUGGACUAUCACUGCGAGCUCUGCAACGAGGGCUUUGACACAUAUAGGCGGUUACUCCAGCACUCCGUCGAGCACCGUUUGGAGUGGCCACACUGGUGUGGCCAGUGCGGAGCCAAUUUUCCGCGUGACGAGGCUCUCAAAGAGCACGAGAACACGCAUCCAAACAAACAUGUGCGCUUUUGCGUGAUCUGCAACAAGUCCUUCUGCUUCGAAUUUCGGCUGAAAGCACACAUGUGGACUCACGCCGUCCAACCAACGUUCCGCUGCCACCUUUGUCCUGAUGCGUUUUGCAAAAAGCAGCAGCUUAUAAAGCAUCUGCGUAACCACGGCAACCAUGCCAGCUUUGAGUGCGAUCAGUGCGGGAACAGCUAUGCCGACAAUGUGUCACUCAAGAGGCACCGAAAGUAUCAUCGGGACGAUCUCAAGCGCCACAAGUGCCAUCACUGCUCGAAGGCCUUCUAUCGACAGUCUGACUUGAACAACCACUUGAGGACUCACACGGGAGAGCGGCCAUUUGUGUGCGACUUCUGUGGGAAGGCGUUUGUGCAGCGCGUUCAUUUGCGAAACCACAGCCACAUAUGCAGUAAACAACCAUCCUUGUAGACUGCAGGACCGCACCGUGGACAUUCCGUUUCCUGCUUAGUGGUCGACAUUUAGGGAACUAACACUAGUGCAUAGUGUGGUCGUCAAUGUCUCGCUCUGGGCAUCUCGCAGUGCAAUUUUUGUGAAGCUUCGGUGCUUGCUGUUGAAUUACCACUUUAUAUGUUGCAAAAACAUGACAAGAGAAACCGAGUAAUGAUGAUUGUCACAGUCGACGCAUAUGUAGUAUUCUUGUCAAUGAAAUGUGUUUUAAUGUACUACUCUGCACCGACAUGCACUCGAAGGGCAAGUUGACAACACCCCAUCAGUUUUGUGAAAACAUGCCAACCAUAUUUUUAAACCAUCAGCGUUGUGGAAAACAUGGGUGAUUGCACAUGGGAUGUUCAUGAAGGUGUUCUAUUCCGCCUGAUGAGGCAUAUGCCUGUGGCCAGGGCCGUACCCAGGAAUUUUUUUCGGGGCGUAUUUUUGCGUAGAACAGCCAACUUUGGCAACUGGUGGUCGCUGUGAAGGUGUGUAAAUAUUUAGCUAUCACCGGAAAAAAGAAUGAAGAAAUUUCGGGGGGUGUCAGAACCCCCUUAACCCCCCCUUAGUUACGGCCCUGCCUAUGGCAUAGUCUUUAGAUAUCACAAAUGUUUAUCAUAAGGCUUUUGGAGGGAGCCCUUAGAUAAAGCACAAAAGGGUUGCCUUUUUUUUAUGGCAUUGUACUAGCUCUGUACUACCUGCUUGUUUUUGACAAUUUUUUUUUGGUCAACAAAUAUCUGUAGGCUGGCCCAUAUGCUUUUGUGCUUUCAUUUCCAAUUGUAACACACUUUUAUGUCACAACAUAUAGCUUUAUAGCUGCACCAGAAAGUCAAGAAACUCUGGUGAAGUUGUAGUCUGGGGCUUAUGCAAAUUUAGUUUUGCACGCUUGUAUUGCUGUGAUGCCACGCUGUGCUUAACAGUUUGACAGUGUAAACAGUUGUGGCCAGGGGUGUAGCCAGAAAUAUUUUUUGAA